CUGUCAGGGGACCCUGGGUCGGAGGGGCCCGCGGACGAGGCCUUGGGCUGGGCGGUGGGGAGGGGGCAGCCCGCCGAGGUCGGAUUUGGGGCUUUGUACCCGCAGGGACUUGGGGGCACCUGUGGGGCCGAGAUCCGGAGCCACCUGUCUGCAGAUCCCCUUCCCCCAAUGCCCUGCGCUGUAUCCAGCUGUCCCCAGACCUAGGCCUUUAUCAGUCUCUGGCGACUGGAAUUUCUUUUGGGAGCGUAAGAUUUUUGUGUGAACGAUCGUUUCACUAUUGUGGCGCAACAGUUGUGUAAAUCUGGGCAGAUUACGCCGUCGUUAUUACGUGCUCCUGAGAAGGCCCUUUGCAGCUCCUAACGUUCUCCGUCGCGAUGAUUUUGGCAGCGCGGGGAAGACAUGCAUAACGAGAUGCUGGCUUGCAAAGAACUAAAACGUUUUUUUGUUUUUUUUUGUUUUUUUACCCCCAGAACGGAAUUGUAUUUAAUUUGUUUUACAGCAGUUAUAUACUAUCGGGGGGCGGGGGGAAUCCCACUGAAAAAGCCCAUAGCAAUUUCAUCCUCAAGGGAGUCAGUAAUAACAAUUAGGGAUGUUUGCCAGGACUAAUACAGCUGAUGUAAUACCUGCUCUUUCUUACUCAAGAGGCUGGUUUAAUUGAUUUAUUUUCCCCGUAAGCGUGGAUGUUUGAAAGUCAGAGUUUCUUACAAUAAGACGUAACAGUUUGAGUUUUCCAGGACCGUAGCCGCUUGACUUUGGUCAUUCACCAUGCAGAGCAGACAAGGAUACUGCAGCUACUGCUGCGUGCGCUAUAGUAACCUGGAACAGCACAUGGCCAGUGCCCAGCACAGAUACUUGACCACCCAGAAUCGACAGAGGAUGGGCACCACGAGCUUGAUGGAACGAUUCCUGCAGGACGUGCUCCGGCACCACCCAUAUCAUUCUCAAGAAAACAGAUCAACCCAACAUGAGAGACUUCUUAUGAAUACUGCACCGCCUCCUGAAGUGGUUCCUGUUGAGGAUUCUGUUUCUGAAGAAGCAACUGAGGAUGCCGCUGGCGUAAAAGGAGAGAGCUCUAGCAAGGGUUCUGAACCUAGUAAAGAGUUACAUGCUAGACCCGGCAAAUCUCAGGAAUGUAUACAGGGUGUUUCAGUAAGACCGUCAGUUAUUCAAAAACUGGAGAAGGGACAGCAGCAACCCUUGGGUUUCAUUCAGAAAAUUGGGAGUGGCAUGAAAGAAUUUAACCCAGUUGGUAUUGGUCAAGCUAGACCAAGCUUAAUAUGUCCGUCAGUGAUUUCUAGUGCUCCUGCUAGUUGUUUAGCUGGAAGUUCCUUUGACAGACCAGUUACACCUAAAACAACUAAGUUAGCAGCAGCAGCCAGUUUGGAUUCAGUCAGAAAAUGUGACCCAAACAAAGUUGACAGAUACCUUGAACAGCCAGACAGGGGCUCUAGAAAUCCUGUGCCGCCGUCCAACCUAGAAACUUCAGUUUCGUAUCAGAAACCUAAAGAACCAAAUAGGAAACCUUUAGGUACAAAUUCAGAUAAAUUGAUUAUACAGGAAGCUGUAAAAUCUCAGCGUAAAGCUUUGUCAGCUGGCGCUAAAGUCCGUGAAUUUAUGGGUACUGAAGGCUCCUUAAAAUCCGAAUCUCUUUCCAAAUUAGCUGUCAACCAAGCAAUCAGCCUGAAUAAAAGUGGCAUGCCUUCUAAUAAGGGAACCUUUGAAGAUGCUACAGCAAAGCACCGUGAGAAAUUCCUUUCUGGUAUGGAUCAUACCCAAGAGGAAAAGCAUUUGGUUUUUAAUAAGUCAGCCUUUUUAGAACAAAAGAGCUCCGUGAUUUCUGCAGUGAAAUUUGCUCGUGGCUCUCUUCAGUCAGCGUCUGAUCAACCCGAAGAGACUGCACAAGACCUUUGGAAGGAGGAGCAAACUGACCAAGAAGAUAAAAACUAUGAUUCGAGAGCUUCUGAAAUGAGUUUUGACUGCAGUUCCCCUCGUUCACUGACUGAUGAAUCUAAGGUGACUGCCAAAGAAGUAGACCUUUCAAAGGAAGCGUACGCAGAUUUGCAGUGUAAGAAUAAGACAUCUUUCAUUUCUGUGGUGAGUUCGGAUCGUGAUGGCUCUCUUCCUUUGGCUACCAACCGAACUCAAGUAAUCGUUAAAGGUGUAAGUGCUCAGAAGGCAAAGCCUAUUAGCCUGGUUGAUGAAAGCUAUGAAUCUAGUGAUUCUGAGAUUAAUUUUGAAUGUGAUGCCUUACUUCAAUCAACUGAUGACUACCCCCGGCAACCUGCAAAAGAAGGAAACCUUCCUAAAGAGGAACACAUUGACUUGGUUGAUAAGAACUACGGAUCUAGUAGCUCCGAAGUAAGUACUGAUUCUCCGUUUCCUCUUCAGUCAGUAGGUGACCAACUCCCAGUGGCUGUCACAGAAGCAAAACUUGAGAAGGUUCACAUCGGCUUGGUUGAUAAGAACUAUGGUUCAAGUUGUUCAGACACAAGUAUUGAUAACGAUGCUUCUCCUCAGUCUGUAGUUGAGCAUCCUCACCUGGUUGUCAAAGAAAGAAAUGUAAAGGAUAGACAGGUCUACCUGAAAGAUAAGAACCUUAAAUCCAGCAGUGCUAAAGCCCAUCUUGAUUAUGCUGUCUCCCUUGAGACAGUGACUGAUGAAUCUCAGAGGGCUGUUGAAGACAUACACCUUCUGGAAGAGAAGAAUGAACCUGUGGAUAUGAACUAUGAUUCUCAUGGUUCUGAAAUGAGUUUUCACACUGAUGCUCGAUUGGUGGCUGGCCAGUCUGGAGUAAUAGUUAAAAAAGUGAACGCUCGAGAAGUAGCUCUUGACCUGGAGGAUAAGAGUGUUAAAUCUAGCAAUUCUGAUCAAAGUUCUGAUUCUCGUGCCUCUCUUUAUCAGUCACCUAGUGAUCAACGUGAAAUAAGUCUGAAAGAGUUAAAUGUUGACAUGGAAGUUAAGAGCUAUGGGUGCUCCAGUUCUGAGCUGACUUUUGAAUCUGAUCCCCCUGCUAUGUCGGGUACUGAACAUUCUGAGAUGGACAUGGAAGAAAUAAGAAAGAGGCACAUUAACUUGGAAGGUGAGCACUCUGGGUCAAAUAGUUCUGCAAUAACUUUUGACUCUGAUAUUCUUCUUCGCUCAGGAGUUGACCAGCCUCAAGUAGCUAUUUAUGUGGAAGAACCGAGUCAUCUGGAAAAUCAGACUAAUAAAUCUUGUGUUGCUGAAGUAACUUUUGAUUCUGAUAUACCUGUUCAUUCGGGGACUAAUCAACCUGAACUGGCUGUUAAAGACAUAAUCAUUCAGAAGGAAGAAUAUAUACACUUAGGGAGGAAGAACGAUGAACCCAGUGGUUCUGAAAUAAGUUUGGAUUUUUAUGUCCCUUCUCAUUCAGUGACUGACCCUCCUGAAGUAGCUAUGGAAAAGCUAAAUCUUCAAAAAGAAGAGCAGAUAUACUUAGAAAAUAAGGACCAUGAGCCUAGUGGUUCCGAAUUAAGUUUGGAUUAUGGUAUUUUUCAUUCAAUGACUGGACAUUCUAACAAUCCCCUUAAAGAAAUGAAUCUUCAGGAAGAGCGCAUACACUUGGGAAAUAAAGGUAAUGGGCCUAGUGUUUCUGAAAUCAGUUUGAAAUCUGACCUUUCUUAUCAUUUAAUGACUGAUCAUCCUAACAUAGCUGUUAAAGAAAUAAGCCAUCAGAAGGAACACAUGUACUUACAAGAUAAGGAUAAUGCAUUAAGCGUUUAUGAAACAAGUUUGGAUCCUGGUGUCCAUCUUCAUCAGUCAGUGACUCACAAGCCUGAAACCGCUGUUAAAGAAAUGUGGCUCCAAAAAGAAAGGCAUGCUAAAUUCAAAAGUAAAAGUCCUAAAUUUAGUAGUUCUGCAACAGGUUCUGACAUCCCUCAUUAUUUAGUGACUGAACCUCAGAUAGCGGUCAAAGAAAUCAAUGUUCAGAAAGAAGAACAUGUUCUAGAAAAAAAGAGUGAUAAAUACAGCAGUUCUGGAAUAAUGUUUGGUUCUCAUGUCCUUCCUCACUUAAUGACUGAAACGCCUCACAUUGCUGUUUUGAAGGAGGACCGUGUUGUCCUAGAAGGUCAGAGUACUGGAGCUAGAGGUUUUGCAGUAAAUUUGGAUACUGGUGCCCCUCUUCAUUCAGUCAUUGGCCAACCUCAGCUAACCCGCCUGAAGGAACAAAAUGUUCAUCUGGAAGAUAAAAACCGUGAAUCUAGUCAUUUUAAGAUAAGAUAUGAUUGUGGUGACCCUCAUCAGCUAUUGACUGGACAAUUUAGGGAGGUGGUUAAGAAAACAAACCUGAGGAAGGAAGGGAAAGUUGUAAUGAAAAAUAAAAAGGUUCAAACUAAAGGUUCUAAAUUAAUACGCUCUUCUGGUGUUUCUCUUCAGUCUGUGGCUGAUAAACCUGAAGGGGCUAUUAAACGAGUAAAUCCGGAGAAUGAAGGUCAUGUGAACGUGGAAGAUAAGAGCAGCCAAUGUAGUGGUUCUGAAGUGAGUUUGGAUUCUGAUUUCUUGGUUGAGUCAAUAAUUGAUCAACCUCAAGUAACUAUUUUGGAUCAGGACCAUACUGAGCUAGUAGAAGAUAAGCACAGUCAAUCUGGUGGUUCUGAAAUGAGUUUUGAUUCUGAGGAUCCUCUUCAGUCAGUGGCUGAGCAGGUUAGAGAAACUGUUAAAGAAAUAACCCUUUGGAAGGAUGAAGUUGAUGUGGAAGAUAAAAGGGAUGAAGCUGGUGUGGAAAAUAAGAGGGAUGAAGCUGAUGUGGAAGAUAAGAGGGAUGAACCCAAGGGUUUUGAAAUGAUGUAUGAUUCUAAGGUCCUUUAUCAGUCAGUGGCUGCACAAACUGAAGAAGUCGUUAAGGGGAUGAACCUUUGGAAGGAGCAUGUUGACAUGCAAGGGAAGAUUGUGGAACCUAGUGAUCCUAAAAUAAAUUUUGAUUCUAAUGAACCUCUUCAGUCUGUGCCUAAUGAAAUUCAAGAUGCUAUUGCAGAAAUAAAUCUUCUGAGGGAAGGACAUGUUUGUCUGGCUGAUAAGGACUAUGAACCCAAUGAUUCUGAAAUAAUUUAUGUUUCAAAUGUCCCUCUUGAAUCAGUGGUUGAGCAACCACACCUUUUGGAAGGGGAACAUGCCAAUUUGGAAGACAAGAGCACUAUCGCUUGUCCUGAAAUAACUUUCAUUUCUGAUGGUCAUCUUCAGUCAGUGGCUGACCAGCUUCAAAAAUCUGUUAAAGAAGUCAGUCUUUGGAAGGAAGACCAUAUUUACCUGGAAGAUAAGAGCUACAAACUAGGUGACUUCGAGGUAAGUUAUGAUUCUGAUGUUCCUCUUCACUUUGUGAUUGAUCAGUCUCCUUUGGCUGUCAAAGAAAUAAACUUGCAAAAUGACCUAGAAAAUAAGAGCUGUGGACCUAGUGUUUUUGAAAUAAAAUGUGAUUCUGGUAUUCAUUUGCAGUUAGAAGUUGACCAGUCCGAAGUGGUGUGCAAAGAAAUAGAUCUUCCGAAAGAAGGGCAUCUUGGCAUGGAAGUAAAGACCAGUGAACCUAGUGAUUCAGAAUUAAUGUGUGAUUCUGAUGUCCCUCUUGAAAUAGUGGUUAAUGAACUUCAAGUGUCAGUUAAAGAAGCAAAUCUUCGGAAGAUGCUCUUUGUGGACCUGGUGACCAGUGAUAGUGAUUGUGAAGUGAUUGCGGAGUCUGAUAUGCCUUUUCAGCCAGUGAUUGACUCACCUCACAUGACUGUCAAAGAAAUCAAUUGUAUAAAUACGGAAGGCUAUGAUCUAGAAGGUGAAUGCUGUGACUCUUGUGGUUCUGAAAUAGGAUAUGUUUGUGAAGCCUCUCCUCAGUCACUGGCAAACCAGUGCAAAGAGACUUUCAAAGUGGUAAACCAGAAGAAAGACUAUAUCAUUCUGCAGGAGUCAAGCUGUGAGUCUUACGGUUCCGAAAUAAAUUUUCAAAUCGACCCCCCAGAUCGGUCUGUGACUUACUCAUCACAAGAGUCUGAUAAAGAAAUGGUAAAAAUUAUUGACUCAGAAGAGAAGAGUUGUGAAUCGGAUAGUCCUAAAACAGAUUUUAAAUGGGAAGACGAUGCUGAGCCAAUGGCUGAGCAGCUCCAGGAAGAAGACAAAGGAAUCAACAUUUGUCAAAGGAAAGGUCUAGAAACCCUUGGCCGAAAAGAAAAGCACUGUGAAGCUACUGUUUCUGCAGUGCGUUGUAGUGCCUCUUCUGGGUCAGCAGUCCAUCAGAGGGCUAGUAAGGGAAAGAUUUUGAAGUUAAAACAUGCAGAUCCAGAAAGUAUGAGCUGUGAACCAUGUGGUUCUGGAAUGAGUUUCCAGUGCUCUCUUCAGUCUGACGCUGACCAGCCUCAAGAAGCCGUUAAUAAAACGGGACUCUACAAGAAGAUGUCUCUGGACCCAGAAGAAACAAACCGUGAUUCCCACCCAACCUCUAUUUUCAUAGUUGAUCCUGCCAGGAACCUGGAAAAGGUAAAGGAGGUCAUAGAAGACGAUCCUGAUGAACCUGUCCUUGAAGCCUUGCCUCAUGUCCCUCCUUCAUUUGUGGGGAAAACGUGGUCUCAGAUAAUGAGAGAAGAUGACAUGAAAAUUAAUGCUCUUGUGAAAGAAUUUAAGGAAGGUCGUUUCCACUGUUACUUUGAUGAUGACGGUGAGACCAGGAAGAUAAAAAAAAAAAAUUUGAAUGAAGAAAAAAAGAUUACCUGGACUGACGCGAGUCAGGACACUACCGCAAUUCAAGUUCUUUCAGAUUGUGAUGAUAAUGCAGGUGGCGUUUCAGAUACCGAUGACUUUCCAGUGGCCUUAGAUAAAUCUAGCCAUCAUUCUACAGUCAAGAGGCCUUAUUAUGAACAAUCAUGGCGACUGGCUGCUCGAUGUCAGGCUGUAAAAGUCAGCCAUGGAACUCAAACCAAUUUCUCAAAUCAGUCAGACACACAAGACAGUGGACAGGAGGACGACUCGCCAACAGGGAAGCGUUCGCUUCAACAGGACAAAAAAACAAAAAAGAAAGUGAAAAUUGGAGCACACGAAUAUCCUGAAACAUGUACUAAAGUUCUGAAGCCUUUGCAACCCAAUGCCUUAGUCUACGUUAUUUCUUCAAACAUGAAAUUUCAGGACAGUGAAACUGCCAACUUCGCUAAAAAAUACCGCACCCCCAGAAGUCGGGAUGUUAGCAUAGAGUACAAAUACAAACGGAGCUCCUUUAAUUACUAUGACCCACUGAGUAAGGAAAUUGUAAUUAAUCCUCCUCUGAGCAUAGAUGAAUCAGACCCUGACAGAGUUAACUGGCUUCAAGCUAGUCUCAGCGACCUGAGCUCCAGUUCAGGUGAUGAAGACGCUGAAGACUGUGACCCAACAUCCGUUUUGACCAUAAGAGAUGAAUUGCUGGCCUAUCCGGGGGCCCCUGUUUCACCUGAGCGAGUGCCACGGCCGGGGACUUCGGGGACUUCCCGGCCGGGACCUUCGGGGACUUCAGGGCCGGGGACUUCGGGGACUUCAGGGACUUCGAGCGCUAGCGCGGGCGCAGCUCCGAAGGAAAGUAAUUUCCAGGUAACGCUCGUCACCAGCGACGCCGCCGGGACCUCUUCGGAAGCAGGUAUCGGGAAGUUCUCAGAAGGUAAAAAGAAAAUUCAGAGGAGGGUGACAACGAAUGACGACAAGCCAGACUUCCCCACGAAGGUUUAUAAACCGAUGAGUCUCCAGGCACAGCCCAGGAUCGCUUCCGAAAGACGGCCAAUUUGGAUUCAGACCAAAGUAAACGAUAUCAUUCGAAAGUAUCUUUCAAAAUACUCUUUCCUGCGUCGCAAGUAUCAGUCCAGGAGCGCCUUUCUCCGACUGCAUCUUAACCAGAAGAAAUGCGAACCCCCCAAGGCGAAGGCGGCGGCGAGGAGCACCACCCAUAUGGUUUUGAGGUCGUCGGUUCCGCCGGUGCCCGCAGAUCCGCCGGUUCCCGCGGAAUCGCCGGUUUCCCCGGUCCCGCGGGUUCCCCCGGCCCCGCGGCUUCCCCCGGCCCCGCGGCUUCCCCCGGCCCCGCGGCCCCCGGCCCCGCGGCUUCCCCCGGUCCCGCGGCUUCCCCCGGUCCCGCGGCUUCCCUCGGUUCCCUCGGUCCCGCGAGCUCCGCCGGUGGCGGCUGGGGCGGCCGGGCCGGCCGAGGGGCGGUCCCUCACGGCCCCCGGCUCCGCCCCCAAGCCGCCGGGGCAGGGUGGGGCAGGCAGGAGGAGGAAGGGUAAGAAACGCUCUCGGAAGAAGAGAAGACGACUCUCCCGACCCGUGAAGAUCUACGCUUUGAGAAGCCUGUAUUCCCAGGUGCCCUACUCCGACAGGAUGAGGACUCGGCUCUCAAGCAAGCGAGAGGCCAACGAGACCGCCUAGACGCGUGGAGGCGAGCUGAGCAGUCCCUGCUUCACUCGAAACACAUUUGUGCACAUAGCUUUCCCAGCUUCGGUGAAAAAAAAUUACCUUCAACUAUUUUGCUACAGACAUUAUUUUUCAGAACUUUUAUAAUUCAUUUAAAAUUAGUGUUUAAGGUCUCUCUCUCUCUUUUUUUUAGAGAUCCAAACGCAUCCUUUGUCCAUUUGCCGUAGAAGAGCUUCACCUUAAUUUAUAGCUAUAAUUUAGCACAUAUAUAUAUACACAUUUUUUUCUCCUUCAAAUCACGUCCCUCUUAUUUAUUUUUUAUGAUUGUAUCUCAUGUCAGCAGGUCAUAAUACUGCAAAAAUGAAUGUGGCAAACAUUAAAUGCUACCUUAUUUUUACUUUUUAAAAAUUGAAACAAAGGAAUAUGUACUUCUGUGCGUUUCAGAGUGGCAUUGUCAAUACCGUAUUCUAACUGGAGAAUUAAAAAACUAGAAUAAGUUAUCUCAGCUUUCCAGUGAGGUUGAUUUAAAUAAUCACCAACAAAAUAGAAUUGAUCUUUCUUUUAAAAGCAUCCAAGAAAAUGAGAUUCCAUAAUCUUUAAUCCAGUUUUUAAAAACUGCCUAGUGAUUUUCUAUACAUACACACAAACUCCUUCUGCUACCUUUAAAUUGGAUUUGAAAGUUUCUAACUUAUUUGGACACAUGCACAUAUACAGUCUCUGUAGGUUUUUCUUUAGCAUUAUUAGAUCUCAAGGGGAAAAUGAUCUUGCCAGUGUAAUUAUGUUUCCCACCACCUUUAUUCCUUUCCACCUGAAGUGCUGGUGGUUUAAUAUGAAAAUCUGGGUUAUCUUUAUGGCCUUACCUCUUAAAAAUAUUUCAGCCACUAUCCUAUCAUUUUCUGUAAUUAUUGAACUGAAAUUGAACUAAAAUUACAGCUUUGGUAAUUUGGGCAGACCAUUAAUUGUCCUUAACAAAUUAUUUGUAAUCUUAGUAUUUCAGAAGAUCUAAUAAAACUGAUAACCUACGUGGAGGCCAGUUUUGCAAGGGAAAAACUACAUAUUUGUACAUUCGUUUGGCUUUCCUUAAACUUACUAACUGAUUUUAAUAGUUCAAACAAAAGACGUUAAGAUAAGCAGUUAGGUCUGAGAUACUCAGAACAUGUUUAGAUCCUUUAUUUGGGGACACUGGUUGAGCUGGUACGAGACACCUCUAAUUACCCUGUUUAAGACAAGGAUCCUGGAUCCUUUCUAUCAUUAAUGUUAAAGGAAACAUGAAUUUCAACUCUCUUGUAUAAACCAUAUCUUAUUGAAACUAGAUCAGUGUACCAUGAUUUCAGAGAUAAAAAUGUGUUACUUUAGACUUAAUGAAAUAUAGUGUAACAGUUGGUGUCUAAGUGUAGUUUUAUUUCAGGGGCCGUUUUUAACCUGUGGGUAUGUUAUGAUGGCUUUCUGUUGUAAUUUCUUUACUUUUAAAUUUAAAACAGUAAUUCUGUUGAAAAACAAAUGGGCAAAUGUUUAUAUUUUUAGUUGCAAAGCAACUUCGGCCUUGCCUCAUAUACAAACAUAUUUUAAUUCCCCUCCUUAAAAUGAUACUAUGGGCCACUAGUUUAAAAUAAUCCUCCAAUUUUAAUUUAGAAAGAAAACUGUCCUAUUGUUUAGGAAGUAAACAGCAGUUAAUAUGUGAAAAUAUUCUAUUUGUGGAUACUGGUGUCUUUUUUUCCCUAUAAAGUAGACACGGUAAUUUCCUUAAGUACUAUUAGUAGGCAUUCUGGAUGCUUUAGGCUUAAGUUAAAAAGCAGAUCAUAUGGAAAUAAUGUACUCAAUGAAUAUGAUGUGUCAUAUCUAUUGUGAUUGCAUCACGUGGAGAGGACAGUUCUUAUAAGUGAAAUGAUCAAAACAGUUAAAAAAUUUUACUACUUUUUUCACAUUGGAGACUCUUCUAAAUACCAUUUUUUUGAGAGAAAAAAAGGUUUAUAUUGAAAAUUUAUAUUACUAAAAAUAUCAAAGUAUAAUACAGUCCUGAUUAUUUUUUUUAACAUUUUGCAAAUGUUUAUAAGUUCCUGUAGUCAUUAUUUUACACAAGUUUGAAAACUUGAAAUUGUAAAAAUUAUAAUUUAAAUUAAAUUAGAAAUGAAUUACUUUCAGAAUUUGGUAGGCUACAAGAUGUGCCCCUUUGUCAAAAUAUAUUUUGGCUUCAUUUGCAGUUUAGAUGAAACAGUUGGAUGUUUUUUGUGUAUUCAAGAGUGUAUUAAAUUCUUUUAAUAGUGAUAAAUCAAGUUAUAACCCAAUGAAUAUUUUAUUAAUCUUGUCCUUGUUCAGUAUCUUGCAUAAAUUUUUAUUAUGAUUGUCCCAAGUUAUACAGUAUGUGGACAAUAUUGUGUGAAGUGUGUUUUGCAUUUGUGCAUUUAACUUAUUUGUGUAAUUAGGGCUCUGAGUGACACUUUUUGGUAAAGAGAAACUAUAUUUAAAUAUUCAAGCAAGUAUAUAUUUCCAUGUAAAGCUAAUGUGAAGACUAAUGUAUUUUUUAUAAUGCAGUUUAAAGAGUAAAUUUGUUUUCAAAGUUGCCAAGAUAAAAUUUAUCAAAUAUUGAAAUUUGUCUCUACUUUCUCCUCAAGUUAGGAAGUUUUUCUGGGAAUACUUAAGGAAUCAGAGAAUAAGGAAGACAAAUUCAUUUUAUAAAUGGUCUUAGAGAUAAGAAAUAAGAGAAUAUAAAUGUUGAUGCUGGGGAGGAAAUAGUUUAACCAAAGAUAUACAGGUAUGUUCACGGAGUCCUUAUUUCAAAGGAUUAAAUUUAACAGCUAUUUGUUUCUCUGGUGGAGUAGCGGGUUAGCAACUUCUCACUUCGUAUACCUGUAUCGAAAGAGUCAAUGAACGGGACUGAGUUCAGGAGGCAGAAGCCACGCCAUUAGUUGACACCUGGCGGGAAGAGAGAACUUCGAUGCCUCCAGUAUCAUAGCGUAUGUUAUAAAGGACAAGAAAACAUGGAAAAGUAGACGUAUGUCACUGAGGUCAGGGCCUUGGGCCUCAAUAGUAAUGAUUUCUGGGUUUUUUGGUCCAGGAUUCUAUUGCUAAGAUGGAGCAAGAGCUUACUCUCUGUGAUAAAAAAUUACUAAAGUAAAAAUAUAUGAUGGAUGUCCAUAUUCACUAAAGGACUUUUCUAUAUAAUAAAAUGCGGAACAUACGGAAAAAUCAUGUAAUUAGGGAAUUAACACAUCAAAAUGUCAACCUGAGAAGAUGAGAGGCUGAGGAAGAGUCUCAACAUUUCCUUAAACUUUAUUUAGACCCCAAAUAUUGGGAAAUGAGACAGUAAGUUUCCUUUGUUCUUCUUAUACUUUAUAUGUGUAUUUAAAAAGUUCUCCCCAAAUAUUUUAAAUAAUUUACCUUGAUUAAGAAAUAGGUGUAGGAUGAACUAUAAUUUGUUGCUGAAUCUUUAAAUAAGUAUGAACUUGUACUUUAUUUACGUUUAUAAUUUAUUAUAUGCAUGUUGUUUUUUUACAUGCAUUUUAUUUUCUAAGUUUUUAAGCUGGACGUGCGUGUGUGUGUGUGUGUGUGCGCGCGUGUACAUCUUGAGCCCUUACUUACUAAGUGCCGGGCAUUGUUCUGAGCUUUUAACCUGUAUUAUCUCAUUUGAUCUUCAAAGAGCCCUAUGAGUUAGGUACUGUGAUUGUCACUAAAUAGCUCUAUGCCUCAAUUUUGGGAUUACAAAUGAGUUGUUAUUUACUGUGUUCAGAUGGGGAUUACAGUCCCCAGUGCCAGGACACCACUAAUCUACUGUCUGUAUAGUUUAGCCUUUUCUGGACAUUUUAUGUAAAUGGCAUCAUACAAUACGUGGUGUUUGUGUCUGGCUUCUUCAUUUACUAUAGUGUGUUUGAGGGUCAUUCAUGUUGUGGCAUGUAUCAGUAUUUUGUUCUUUUUUUAUUGCUGAAUAGUAUUUAUAAUUAGUUUUUAAUGAAGCUGGUAACAGAAUGCUGGUCUCCUGACAAAUAUGAUAAAAGCUGUUAGGCUUGAGGCUAGCUGUUCCUUUAUGGCUCUCAUACCUGUUACCCUUGAUUAUUACCCUAUUUCCAAGACCAACUGGAUAUCUGCCUUUUUAAGUGCCCUUAUCCCAUACUUGAAUGCUUUAUACUUCUCUGUCUUUGACUCUUACUCCCUUUACUGCCCAUCUUGGCAUUCUUCACUGUGCUCUGUGAAUUCUCAUUUUCAUUGCCAACACAUUACCCUGUGUUUUCUCAAUCUUUUUCACAGUGGAGUGCUUGAAUGUAACAGAACUGAGAAUCACAUCCAAGUUAGCCAUUCUCUUAAUCUCCACAGGCUGGAGAGCCAGGCAGUGUUGGUGAUGGUACUGGUCAUGGUGAACGCUCUUCUUUACAAUUACCCUUCUCCAUAACCCCAGUACACACCAUCAAAGUCAAGAAAUCAACAUUGAUAAUGGUAUCACUCUAUUCCACAGACCUCGUUUGGAUUUUACAGAUUGUUCUACAGUUCCCUCUGUAGGUCCAGAAUUCUACCCAGGAUCACCCACUGUCAUGACUGUUCAGUUUCCUUCUGUAUGGAGCAGUUCCUCAGCCUUUCUUUGUAUUUAAUAACUUGACAUUUUGAGGUGUACAAACCAGUUUCUUUGUGGAAUGUCCCUCAGUUUGAGUUUGUCUGGUGUUUCUUUAUAGUUAAUGCUUUGCGGGGGUGGGGGGGGCAGAAAUUCUGUGGACUUUUCAAUGUAUCAUAAUUGCAGCCAUGUGAUGUCAGUUUGAAUAAAAGUGGUG